UCCCGGCAGGAGUCGCAGCCACCCCUGGCGCAAUCACAGUUGCCACCUAUGCCACAGCUGCCGCAGGUGCCCCAGCAGCCACCACAGCCGCCUCAGCCAAAGCAGCCAAACGCCCAAGAAUGUCUUACUCAGUGCACCUCCCAGUACAUCCUCCAGGAUUCCCAGAGGCCAGGUCCCCACAAGGACACAUACCAAAGAGAGGUGACCAACCCUCAUCGUCCUGGUGGCAAGAAAUCUAGCCCAGAUAUGCAAACCAAGUACUCACGAUUCACGUCAACGAAUUACAUCCAGCAAUGGUGAUUCAGAAAUAGACCCCAAGAUCCCACUGGCCAUCAGCAAAAAAUCAGAUAAACGACCCGACCUUCUUACCACCCAGCAACACCUCCACUUCAAAAGCCAGUC